AUGCGCCUCCAUGCCACAGCCGCCCUGUUGGCGGGCUGCGCAGGCCUUACCGCCGCUGACAGCAUGACAAUCUGGCCGUUAAUCUACUUCAACGAGGGCGGCCGCUCAAUGCCCAAGGUGUUGGGGCUGCAGAUUCUCUGCAUGGACUGGCGCAACCGCCGCGGCCACUAUGACUUCUCUGGCCAGAUCAAGCGCUGCAUUAGAGAGUCGAGCAGUAUCCCCGUAGACGGUGGAACCAGUUCGGAGUGGAACGAGGUCGCCUGCUCCUGGCGCCUGCUCGAGGCCGGUGCGGUCCCCGGAAACGGCACCUCGGCCGCGGGUGCUGUCGUUGAGGAUUAUGCUGUCAAUAACACAGGAACAAAGCCGCAGGUCAAAGCCAGGAAGUGA